CUAGCUUUUCAAGUGUCAUUUUCUAACAUAUACUUCACACAAAUCAUCCAACCAUUCACUUCAUACCUUGUCAUUUCUCUUCUUUCUGCCUCUCUCUCCCUCUCUCCCUCUCAAUCGCUCUCAUCUCUAAUCUCUCUGCAACUGCUCCUCAAAUUGAUCAAUACCAGCCCCGCCCCCCCAUUUCAACUCCCUCAAGGAAUUAGACUCCCCCAAAAUCUUCAUCCCGUUCACAAUUCAAAACCAUACUCACAAGUUUGCGUCUUUCUCAUCCUAGAGCACCACAACAACAAAGAGGAAGAGGAAGAGAGAGGAAGAUAAUUCCAAAGGGGAGAGACUUUGGGCUUGUUUGGAUCACAUGAAGAUGGAGCUCUUCCCGGCACAGCCUGACUUAUCCCUGCAAAUAAGCCCCCCCAACAGCAAACCCACCUCAACAUGGAGGAGAUCAACAGAUCAAGAAGAAGCCAACGUGAGCUUCUGGAAGAAGGCCUUGGACUCUAGUAGCUCUCUCUCCGCCACGUUGAAACCCGACACUCGCCCUGAAUUCUCUCCGGCGUCGAACACCCGGUUCACCGGGCCCGGACCCGACACUUAUCCUCUCCUCCAGAAACGAGGCAGCAGCAACCUCGUCCACCGUUUUCAAGAAAAGAAGCACAAACAUGUUUAUCAGCAGCAUCUGCAUCAUCAUCAGCUAGGCCAAGAGGUCGGCACAUUGAGACCCAUCAGAGGAAUCCCACUGUACCAGAACACUUCUUUUCCAUUUUCUCAUCAACAGCAACAACGGCCUCUUGAAGCUAUUGCCAAUUCUUCACUCUCUUCCCUGGCUGAUAACACUGCCAUGAGCAGUUCCAGUCCUAAUAGAUUCCACUCUCACGGCUCGAUGCGGUCGAGGCUCGUGUCGAGAUUCCCUGGGGCCAAGCGCGGCACAAGGGCUCCUCGGAUGCGGUGGACCACCACGCUCCAUGCCCGGUUCGUCCACGCCGUUGAGCUGUUAGGCGGCCAUGAAAGAGCAACACCAAAGUCAGUUCUUGAAUUAAUGGAUGUGAAAGAUCUCACCUUGGCGCAUGUGAAAUCUCAUUUGCAGAUGUAUAGAACCGUGAAGACGACCGACAAAACAGCUGCUUCAUCAGGGAAUUCUGAAGUACUUGAUAAUGCAUCAUCUGGAGAUACCUCGGAAGAUUUGGUGUUUGAAAUUGGCAAAUCAAGAAGGCCUGAGACAUCAAUCCAACAAGGAGAACCCAAUAUUCAAGAAAAGGACUACAAUGCCCUAAAGUGGAGCAAAUCACCAAGUCUCUCCCAGUCUCAACAUGUUUGGUUGGUUUCUAGCAGGGAAGCUUGGAAGCAAGGGAAGUUACCAGAAGAUGAUUUCAUAGGAAAUCGCGCAGCGCACAUUGAGGAAGAGGGUAAUGCAAAGUGCCCAAGCAACGAGAGAAUAUCAGACGUGAGCUCAUCAAAUCUUUCAGUGACAAGAAAUAACAUGAAGCCCAAUCUGGAGUUCACAUUGGGGAGAUCAUCUUCACAUUAAUUGCUUCUUUCUUUCUUUUGUGGUUUUUCUUCCCUCUCCUGUGCACUACUCAUUUUGAAAUCAUUAUACCUCUUAAGGGGCACUGCCCCUGUGUAGAGAACCAGGUGCCUGCUCAGAAAAUCAGAGAGAAAAAGAAAGGGGAGAGAAGAAAAGUGAAAAGGAGAGAGAAAAAGAGAGGUGAAAAAGAAAGGGAAGGAGACAAACGUUGACAGAAAGCAGAAGAAAAGCAAGAAGCGAUGGGAAAAGCAAGUCAUGUCUUUCUGAUUCAUCUGGUAUGAAACCCUCCUGUGUGAGCAUCCCUAUCAAACCAGCAUCAUAUUCCUACGUAGAUAUGAAACCUAAUUGGUUUAGUUUGUCCCCCACUAACAUAUAUAAAUAAUGUACAUAUAUGUGACCAUCAAUAAUGAUGAGCAUAGAAA